CCUCUCGACCACUCCACGCACAGAAAGAGGGAGAGGGAGGAGAGAGGACGGAGGCAGAGGACGGACGGAGAGAGAGAGAGAGAGAGGAGAGAGGGGGAGAGAUGGGGCCAAGAGCCAUGAGCGUGUCCGGCGCCCUUCUCUUCCCUCCUUGUCUCCCAUCCUGUUCGAAUUCCUCUGUGAAAUCUUCCUGUUUUCCCUUGUCGCAGAGUACAACCCGAUCUCCCCGCAAGUUGGUUCUCGUUCGAAGACCCCAGAGCAGGAGAAGCUUUCGCGCCCAUGGGUUAUCCGGUUCUAAAAUGUCCAUUGCUGAACUUGAACCAUCUCUUGUGGUAAAGAAGAAAGCCUGGGAGAUCUCUGAUGAGUUAAAAGGAACAUCCAUAUUUCUUGUGGGAAUCAAUUGUGCCAUGAAAACUAGUCUGGGGAAGCUUCUAGCUGAUGCAUUGAGAUAUUGCUACUUUGACAGUGAUAAUUUGAUCGAGCAAGCUGCUGGUGGUGAGUCUGCAGCUAAAUCCUUUCGAGAAAAAGAUGUGAAGGGAUUUCGCGAAUCUGAGACUGAAGUGCUUAAGCAGUUGUCAUCUAUGGGUCGUUUGGUGGUUUGUGCAGGGGAUGGUGCUGUCCAGAGCUCAACUAAUUUGGCUUAUUUGAGGCAUGGGAUUUCGAUUUGGAUAGAGGUUCCCUUAGAUUUGUUAGCAAAUGAGAUACUGAAGACUGAUGCACCAUCAGCCGACAAACAACCCACAUCAGAUUCAAAUUUCUUUUCAGAGGUCCAUGCACAGGUACUGGACGAGCUUUCCAAGCGUUAUAACGAAAUGAAAGGAGGAUAUGGAACGGCAGAUGGAAUCGUCUCACUCCAAAGAGUAGCCUCCCAACUAGGAUAUGAAGACUUGAACUCUGUUACUCCAGAGGACAUGGCAGUGGAGGUUCUGAAAGAGAUCGAGAAACUGGCUAGAGUGAAGAAGAUGAUGGAGGCUGCUGCUAGGCCAUUUUAAUGGACAAAUGCACCAUUUUACAUCGUCAUUGCCAUAUAGAGAGUUUCGUGCUUAUUGGAUGCAUGGAGCAUUUUCAGGGCCCAAUCCUAAUUGUCAUUCACAACUCCAAGAGUGCUUCAUGACACUUCGAGAAACUCAUCACUGUCCAUGAAGGAGCAAAGUAAUGUUAUUUCCUUUUGCGAGUUACAUUGCAUAAAUACAAGACAUUGUUUAUAAGCUUAAAGGUCUAAUUUCAUAUGCUUCACAUAAUUUGUUUUCAACCAAACUACACAUACAAUUUAUUUCUAUGCUACUGAUGUGCGGUACGA